AUGAAGGCUUCGGGAACACUUCAUGAGUACAAGGUAGUGGGGCUCUACCUGCCCACCCCCAAAUGUUGGACUCCACCACUUUACCGCAUGUGCAUCUCCUCCCCCAACCAUGUUGUUGCCAAGACCCGCUUCUGGUACUUUGUGUCACAGCUGAAGAAGAUGAAGAAGUCUUCUGGGGAAAUUGUAUACUGUGGACAAGUGUUCAAGAAGUCCCCCUUGGGUGUGAAGAACUUUGACAUCUGGCUGUGCUGCAACUCCCACAGUGGGACCCACAACAUGUACCGGGAAUACCGGGACCUGACCACAAGAGGAGCUGUCACCCAGUGCUACCUCGACAUGGGCGCUCGCAUACAUAUGCAUAUGGGCAGUACAUAG